ACCAAAAAAAUGAGACCGUUGAGCGUUCGAUCGAUGUUGCAAGAUGUGGCGAUGCACGCCACGUCACCGUCAUCUUCAGUGAAUCACGGGGUAGCGCCGCAAUCUCCGUGGCACUCACCGGUUCCUUACCUCUUCGGUGGUUUAGCUGCGAUGCUUGGACUCAUCGCCUUUGCUCUCCUCAUCCUCGCCUGUUCUUACUGGCGUCUAUCUUCCUCCAGCGAACAAGAUAGUGGUCGGAACGGUGAAGAAGUGGACGAAGAGAAAGAGAUCCGGUCUGGGGAUAAGGCGGCGAACGGAGCGUACGAGGAGAAGUUUUUGGUUAUAAUGGCGGGAGAAAACAUGCCGAGGUUUAUUGCGACGCCGGCGAUGAAGAAGUGUACGUGUGGGGCUAAUGAGGGUAAAAUGGUAGUUUCUCUGGAAGAUAGUGUUGUUGUUGGAGAGGAGAAGAAGUUCGGGGGAAAUGAAGAGAAAGUGAGAGCAUGUGCAAUGGGGAAUCCUUAGGGGAGUAUUUAGGAAAAAAAUAAAAAGGGGUAUUUCAGAUUAUAUAAGGAUAUUUCAGAUUUUUUUUUUAAAAAAAAAUAAACUGACCACUCACGUACCGCCACGUGUGCAGUGGAGCCCAUGAAU